AUGCCAUCCACAUGCUUCGCCUGUCGACUGCUUGCUGACUCCCUGCAUCUAUAUGAAGAGUCUUUAGCCAGGAACAUCCCAUCUUGGGAACCACGGGACUUCUUUCUCGGCUCUCCCGCCGAUAUUCAGUCGCGGAGCACUGCCACUGGGUGCCCCUCGUGCCAAUCCAUCCUCCUCUCAACAGAUCACUCGCCCAGCAGUAUCCUCACUGCGCACUUCUCCGCCGAACAACCUCGAGUGUCGAUAGUUGCGGGUGAGCCAGAUGACAAAGGAACGGCUGAGACCCUCGCGUCCCGGAGGGAGGUUUCGAACACGGGCAGUGUCAGCGAAGAGGUCAAUAUCAGCUAUUUCCUGACCACCAGGAGCGUGACACCGCAGGAACCGUGCGCAAGAAUCGUCAGUCCCUCCCAUGUGGACACGAAGCUCAUCAAAUCAUGGAUCGCUCACUGCGACGUUUCUCACAAACACAUCUGCCACCGCCUCUAUGACACCUACCUCCUGCCCAAAGCGCCCCUGAGUUUCAUCGACGUCCACGACCUGUGUAUCGUCUCACCUCCCCCCGUCGGUAAAGAUGAUCCGCCGCACAGAUACAUAGCACUGAGUUACGUCUGGGGCACUGCCCAGGUUCAACUCGCGCUUAAGGAGAAUGUAGCAGAGCUCCAUAAGCCAGGCGCGUUUGGCGAGGGAGGGGCGUUUACCCUACCGCGGACUGUGCGAAAUGCAAUAGAAGUGACCGCCGAGCUGGGCGUGCCGUACUUGUGGGUGGACAGCGUGUGCAUCGUGCAGGAUGACGCGGAGACCCAGAAAGAGCAGCUCCAAGGGAUGGGUGCCGUGUAUGCGAAUGCGUAUCUCACACUUGUUGCCGCAUCUGGGGAAGACGCCAAUGCAGGUAUUCCUCGUGUAGGAUUAUCACCAGUCCCGGAAGAUGAGCAGGAGCCGAUUCAGCGUGUGAUAACACUCCCAGACAAUCCUCUGAUCAGGACACAGGGUCGGGAAUCCUUGAACCGAAAGGCCCUGAAUUCUUCUAGCCUCAAAUGGAACACACGAGGGUGGACUCUCCAAGAGAAGGUGUUUUCUCGGCGCCUGCUCGGGCUGGGCCACAUGGCGACUUGGACUUGUUUCGGCGAUGAAUGGGCUGAGGAUAUAAGCUUGCCGAGCGAGAGGUCUCAGGACCCGGCUCCCGCUUCUCGUAAUGAUAAGAACAAGAAGAUGGGCAUAGUGACGUGGCACAGUAUUGGCGAGUAUAGCAGCCUGGCGACCGAAUAUGCGAGACGAGACCUGACAUGGUCUACUGAUGCUAUCAACGCGUUCUUGGGAGUCAUGACGCCCAUGGCUGCGUGGUUCCCCGGCGGUCUCUUACAUGGCAUUGCAGAGUAUACAUUCGAUAUCGGCAUGCUGUGGGAUGUGGGCCCUGCUGGUACACAUCUGAGGAGAGACCCGGGUUCUGUGCGUCCCCUACAUGCCACUAAUUUUAAGCAUCCUUCUUGGUCGUGGGUGUCGUGGCAGGGAGAUCUGAGCUUUGAUAUGUGGAAGGCUGCCGAGGACUACAGCUUCCCUCGAGGACCGCUAAUAGUACAUCCCUUGGCCACAUGGCACAAACAGCUUUUGACCGGGGAAUGGGUUAAAAUCGACAACACAUACCACGUUGUGCGAAAGCACUUCGAGCGCGAGGGCACCAGCAUCCCGGAGGAUUGGACACGGCACACAGAGGACCAGGACGGCAAGACAUACUAUCAAAACAAAAGCCAUGAGCAUAUAGUCCCCCAUCCAGCCUUCAACUACCCGAUCCCGCCUCACGUACGAUAUCGUGACAUCGAUCAACGACCUUUUCACCCUCAUAUUCGCUUUCAGGGGAUGCUCGCACACCUUCUAGUCGACGUGACGGAAGAAGACCAAGAAUUCCUUCGCAGCAAGCUUUAUGAGUCAGACGCAACAUUAGAGACGGAUCUCAUAUCCCCGGAUGGGUUUUGGUGCGGCCACAUAACUCUUCCUUUCGAGAAGGGAGAACACGUGCCAUCCACACAUGAAGUCGAGGUGAUUGCCAUGUCCGAGGGUGUGAUGGACCUCAAGGCACCAUCUCGUAUUCCACAUAUGUUUCACAAUAUUAGGGAAAGGCCGGAGUUUGAAGAUUCAGACGUAUAUGAGGUUGUUAAUGUGCUUUAUAUUGGACGCUGUGUAAAUGGAAUGGUCUAUCGCCGAGCACUGGGCGGAAUCUGGAAACAGGCAUGGGAUGAGCUGGUGACGGAAGAUGUUGAGCUUUUGUUGACAUGA